GCUCCACACAGACAGAGAGAACCAGAUGGAGAAAGAGGAGACAGGGAGAGAAGGGAGGACCGUCUCCCUGGGACCUGCGUCCCGGGGACAUAGCACCCAUCAUUAAAUAUGACAUCAGAGCAGGGAGGGCCUUCAUGCAACGUAGAUCCUCCAUGAUGCUGGAGGCCAGCUGAGUAUAAAUGCCUUAAGCCCGGAGCCCUGAAAGCAGCAGCUGCCAUUCUGACAGGCAGACGGACUCAACCACUAAGGAUAUACGAGCACCACACCGGGACGGCAGCCUCCGAACUCCCCCUACUGUUUCUUUGGAGCGUAAACCUUUAAGGUUUAGCUUCACAAGAUGGACUUGAGGGUAACAAGCGUUCUUCUCGUCCUCCUGGCUUUGGCCCAGGCAACCCCCCACUAUUCACCCAAAGUGGCCAAGACGCCCUACCCCGUCAAGAGCCACGCUGUUGCAGGGCACCCAGGUCCUCCAGGUCCUCCUGGUGAACCCGGACCAAUGGGACCAAUGGGACCUCCUGGCGAAAAAGGUAUUGGACACACAGGACCGAGGGGCCCACCAGGAGCUCCAGGAACCCCAGGCCACUCCCAAAUGGGUAAGCCCGGCACCCCAGGUGGCCCUGGAAAACCUGGUACCCCAGGCAUCCCCGGGGAGAGAGGUGCACCUGGUGCAACUGGAGCAAUGGGUCAUAGAGGUCCACCUGGUACGCCUGGAACACCUGGACCUGCUGGACUAUCAGCCGUAGGAAAACCUGGACCAGCUGGGAUCCCCGGUGCAAUGGGUCCAAGAGGAGAACCUGGUCUAAAGGGACACCCUGGUGUCCCUGGUAUCCCUGGUCUCAAGGGAGAAAGAGGCAUUGGAGUUCCUGGGCCACAAGGACCAUCAGGUCCAUCUGGACCAAUGGGCCCAUCUGGUAUGCCAGGCAAACCAGGAGUCGGCAAGCCUGGUACCCCUGGAUAUCCUGGGGAACCUGGUAAGGCUGGCAUGCCAGGAAGAGAUGGAUCACCUGGAGCAAUGGGUGCGCCAGGGCAGAAGGGUCACACUGGGCCUCCAGGUGUAGGAGCACCAGGAAAACCAGGCCAGAAUGGAACCCCAGGUACGCCUGGACCUAUUGGCCCCAAGGGUCCACAGGGUCCUGCUGGGCAGCCAGGAUCCCCUGGCAUGCCAGGUGUUGGCAAAACAGGUGAACCAGGAAUACCAGGAAGCAGAGGAACCCCCGGUACCCCAGGAACCACAGGUCAGAAAGGAGAGCCUGGCCCAACAGGAUUUACUGGUCAGCCAGGUGGUCCUGGUCCCAUGGGCCCAGCUGGUCCACAGGGUGCAAGAGGAUUUCAGGGUGAGACAGGUCCAGUGGGACCCAAAGGUGAUAUUGGUAUGGUAGGUGCACCAGGCCCAAGAGGAACCAAGGGGGAGCAGGGAGCUCAGGGUUUCACUGGAAAACCAGGUACUCCUGGAGCAGUAGGUCCUCCUGGAAUUCCAGGUCAUAAUGGUGCUCAAGGUCCAAAGGGUUCAGCGGGCCAUGCUGGUCCCCCAGGCUCCCCAGGUGCAAAUGGCGUCCCUGGAGUAAAAGGACACAAUGGUUCUCCAGGAGCACCAGGUAAAAGUGGUGAACCUGGAAGGCCAGGACCUAUGGGACCAGUUGGUCCCUCUGGUCCAUCAGGCCCUCCUGGACUCAAGGGACACCCAGGGAUUCCAGGUCCACCUGGUCCCGCUGGUCAAACAUCAAAGGGUAUUUCUGGCCCUCAAGGCGCCCCUGGCAUUCCAGGUGAGAGAGGCCAUGAUGGUCUCCCUGGCCCUUCUGGUCCACCUGGUCCCCCUGGUCCACCAGGAGAGAUCAUCUACCACCAUGAGAAGAGCAUGCCAAUCAAGUCCCAUGAGGUCAUGAUGCCUCAUGAGAUGAUGAAGGCCCCUAUGUCUGCCUUUAGUGCUGUUCUGACCGUGGCCUAUCCUCCAGCUGCCACUCCAAUUCGGUUCAGCCAGGUUAUCUACAACGGGGAGCAACAUUAUGACCCCAGCAGCGGUGUGUUUACCUGCCAAAUCCCAGGCCUCUACUAUUUUAGCUUUCAUAUGCAUGUCAACGGUGCUAACGCUUUGGUGGCCCUCUACAAGAACGAGGUACCAGUUGUUUUCAUCUAUGAUGAAUACAACCAGGGUUUCCUGGAUCAGAUGUCAGGAAGUGCUGUUCUUAUGCUGCACGCAGGUGACCGUGUCUAUGUCCAGGUCCCUGACGAAGAGAGCAACGGUAUUUUCGCUGCAGAUAAUGUUCACUGUUCUUUCUCUGGGUUCUUGAUUGCCUCAACGGGCAUACAGGACAGGAAGUGCUGCAUGCUGGGACAUCAGCCCCAUCUUAUCAUUAAUGCUUUCCUUUUACCAUUGAUACCUGGUGAAGCUCUCGUAGAUGAGCUGCACACAGGAAGUGUCACAAAGUGGAAUGAGUGUCAGCAGGGACAUGACAAAUGCAGCUGUGUGUACACGCAUCCCAGUAAGAGGCAGUUUAUCUUCUAA